GUGUGUGUGGUAAAUCUCCCCAUUAGCAUGCUAUUAUUAGUUAAGAUUCUAUUCAAAGAGCCUGGCUCAGACAGAAAGUUGCUGGUUGCUAGAGGCCUCGUUUGCUUUCAUUCAGUGUGUCGUGUUUGCGCAGCGCCCUAACAACCGAAGCCAUCUGGACCGUUUUUAUUUUGUGAAACUUAGAGACUUUGGAUGUGCACCAUUUGGUCACGCCAUCCAACUUACAUAACAUUUAACUAAAGACACUUCUACGGGCUGCAGGCGGCGUGAGGUGGCGGAUCCUCCAUCCGCAGGUCGUCAGAGAGCUGACUCAGUGAGCUGGAGCCGAGGUUUCCUCAGAUUUAAACAUUCUGAUGCAGAGUGAAGCACAGCAGGAUGGAGGACAAGCAGCGAGGACGCUGCAUCCAGAGUCGGCCCGUUUUCAUCUUGAAAUAUGUGGUCUGCCUCGACCGCUGAUGCCCCGCGAAGCCCCAGAGCAAGGCUGUGUUUAGAGGACAGAAUCUCCAGAUUCGGCUCAGUGUGAAUGACCAUACAAGGAGUUGGCAUUUACUUCAGAUGUGAAAGAUCAGUCAGAAAGAAGAUUACAGCAACUACAGGACCUCUCACUCUCUGUCUGUCUUUCCUCUGUGUCCGAAGUUAAAGCUCUUUCUCUCUUUCUGUUAUCAGCCCGCUGCUCUGUACUUCUCUCUCUCUCAUCUCUUUUCUGUCCUUUAAUCUCCCACUUUUCCUUUUUCUGGCUCCGUCCUUUUUUUCCUCUCAGCUCACAUUUAGAGAGGGCACUCUAAUAGACCUCCCUCAUGUCUCCCAUCGCUCCACUCCUCCCUUUUCGUCUUUUGGGUCUUUCCUCCCUCCUCCCCUUACCUCCCCUCUUCUGUCCCUCGCUCCUUCCCUCUUUUCUCAGCCGGUCCCAGAUAAGAAAGAGGCAGAAGUGAUUCUCUACAGCCAUUUCUGAAGCUGGAGCCACCAGAGAAGGGUGGGAGGACUAAUUAACUUUUCUCUUUGUUUAAAUUUUUGAAUAUUUACUGGCAAAAUAAUGAAUCUUGUUUCAUUUUAUCUAAGUUUAUCUUUUAUUAUCUAACCUUGCAUUACGCAGAUUUGUAUGUUUCUCCUCACAUUCGCUGCCUUUCUUUGGCUCAUUUGGUGUUUUCCCAUCUCUGUUUUAUCCUGGGUGGAUCUGAACUGAAUUUAACAUGAGACAUUUCAACAAAGACAUGAAGAACCUGCUUUAUGUCAAACCAGUGGACUUGUCUGUUUGAGAGAAAGCGGACCACAAGAUUCAAGAUCCAGGUUGGAGAAGUGAGGAGACACUUCUUGCCACUAGUAAAGUACUGUCAUGAAAGGCUUGAAUCUCACCUGGGGGUUUCUGCUGCUGCUGCUGCUUUGGACCUGGUCAGCUGUUGCUGAUGCAGCUGGCGUUGGAAGCACGGAGCGAGCCGGAGCUGGAAGAGCCCAGAGGAAAGGAGGAAGUGGCGGCAGUGGAGGAGGAGGCGCAGAAAAACGAAAGAGGUUUCACCGCAUCCAGCACGGUCAGUGCAGCUACACCUUCAUCCUGCCAGAGGCGGAUGGGUGUCAGGGUGGAGGACCGCCAUCACAGACGGAACAACACGGAGGCUCUCACAGCGGGGCAAGCGUUGUUCAGAGGGACUCUCCUCCCAUGGAUGGAGAAUGGUCGGCGCAGAAACUGCAGCACCUGGAGAGCAUAAUGGAGAACAACACGCUGUGGCUGCAGAAGUUGGAGAACUUCAUACAGAAGAGUUUAAGAAGGGAUGUCACCAGCAUUCAGACGCACGCCGUUCACAACCAAACUGCCACCAUGCUGCAGAUCGGAACGAACCUCCUCUCGCAGACGGCAGAGCAGACGCGUAAACUCAACGUGGUGGAAGCCAAGGUCCUGAACCAAACCUCUAGGAUAGAGAUCCAGCUUCUGGAGAAUUCUCUGUCCACCAACAAACUGGAAAAGGAGCUCCUAGUGCAAACCAGUGAGAUCAGUCAGCUGAGAGACAAGAACAGUUAUCUGGAGAGCAAAGUUCAGAUGUUGGAGUCUCAGCAGAAAGGAGAGCUGGAGGACAUGAGAGUGGAGAAGAACAGGCUACAGUCUGUGGUCAGGACUCAGAUGGUGGCCAUCGAGUCUCUGGAGAGGCAGCUGAAGGUCGCCACCAGCAACAACACCGCUCUGCAGAAGCAGCAGGCUCAGCUGAUGGAGUCAGUUCACACACUCAUCAACAUGGUGGCCACGACUACAGGGUCGCCUCCUCGGAGCCACAUGUGGAAGGACUGUGCAGAUGCUUAUAAGGAUGGUCACUCUGUCAGUGGUGUGUAUCACAUCUACAUCGGGAACAGGACUGAACCUGUGCAGGUGUACUGUGACAUGGAGACGAGCGGUGGAGGCUGGACAGUCUUCCAGCGGCGUUUUAACGGCAGUGUGGAUUUCCAGAGGAGCUGGAGAGAAUACAAACUGGGAUUUGGAGACGUGCUGGGAGAGCAUUGGCUGGGUAAUGAAGUUUUAUACCUGCUGACCAAUCAAGGCCAGUACUCUCUGAGGGUGGAGCUUCAAGACUGGGAGGGAACCUCUGCAUUCUCCCAGUAUGACCGGUUUACUCUGACCAGUGAGAGGCAGCAGUACAGGUUGUAUCUGAGGGGUCACAGUGGUACGGCAGGAAGGCAAAGUAGCCUGAUAACACACGGGGCUGGCUUCAGCACCAGAGAUCAUGACAACGACAACUGUGACCACUGCAAGUGUGCGCUGAUGCUCACUGGAGGUUGGUGGUUCGAUGCCUGCGGUUUCUCAAACCUAAAUGGGAUCUACUACACAGUCGGCCACAACAUCAGGAAGCUCAAUGGCAUUAAGUGGCACCACUUCAGAGGCCCCAGCUACUCCCUGCGCUCCACCUCCAUGAUGGUCCGGCCGUACGACUUCUAACAGCACCCAUCCAUCUCCGCGGAGGCUCGGCUUCUAACAACAAUCCUUCAGAGCUCAUUCUCAUCCAAAAACAACUUCCUGAUCAUCUCCAAACUAUAACAACACCGCUCAGGUUCAGCCACACGAUGGUUCAACUCCGAGACACCCUCUGGAUCCAUCAUGGUGAAGCCCUCACCUCAGUCAUAACAUUAAGGAAGGAGCUCCAACUGAUCCACCUUCAGAGACCAGAAUAGCUGUCUGGAAUAUUCCAGCUCUGGAAAAUCCCACCAGUUUUUCCAUCUGAGAUUAAAAUCUAGGGAUCACAGUAACUCCUAUUUAGGUUGUUUUUGUAGGGUAGGAGUGACGUUGCUCUUGUUUGUACUCAUCCAAACGACAAGAAGAUGGAAAUAAAUGUGACAUUUAGAGAUCGAAAGCCAAGCCAAAUCAGUUGCUUCACUUUGAUAAGAAUGCCUGCUUGUUGUUUAGAUCUUUUAACUUGGAGUCAAUCAGGAACCUUCACAGCUGCUGCAUCAGAAAAGGGGAGGCAGAUGUGUGUGUUUACUGGUCUGUUAUGAUAUCAGAGCAGGUCUUCUGUUAGGAAUUAUGAGCUCCAUUAACAUACGCAAAACACUUCCUGAGAGCCUUUUCCUGAAGGAUUCCAGUGACAGAAAGUUGUUGUUUUUUUCUAAAUCAAGAGGUCUGAUGUUUAGAAGGAAGGAACCUUUGAAAUAAUCCUCUGGAUUUUACAGAAAAACUAGCGAUGAGACCAGGAUGUGAAGUUUAGAGAUGAUGCAAAAGUUCUUUGAUGAAGAAAAUGAGAAUAGUUUGUUAAAAGAUGGUAGAAUGUGAAAUAUCUGCAGGCUUUGCUUUGGUCAAAACUCAAAAAACGUUUACAGGACAUAAACGUGUUCAUAACAUAAACAUUGGAAUAAUUAGCCUUUACGUUUGCAGUGGUCUGUAGUAGGAAUGAACGCCUUGUAAGACGUACUCUAGAGGCAUAAAACACCGAUGCACCAUUUCCUGGAACUAUAGUGUGCCACAUCAGAGCUGAGCUUCAGACGGCAGGAUUUGGAGUCUUGCUUCCUGAUAUUUGGACAUCUCAUCUCUGAAAACAGCAUUGUUGAUGUUUUAUCUCCACAAGCCUGGAGGAGUUCUGCUGUGUGGUGGAGUUGCUAAUGCUAACAGUUAGCUUCUACUAGCUGAGGCGUUCUCUGCUAUUUCCUGGAAGCUAAACCAACAACAGCCUUCCCCAUCAUCAGUCCAGAUGGGUGAGUCCAUGAAUGUUGAGAGACAGUGUGACGUAGAUCUGUCAGAAUUUUCUAAUCCUAGAGUUUUACCAUCUGUUUUCUAUCAAGCUAAUGCAGGAGAUAGGUGUAGGAGACUAUUUUCAUGUUCAGCCUGCAUGAAACACUCAGAGUGACUCAUUAGAAUCAGAAAUGAGAUUAUAAAAAAUGUCUUUAGUGCUCCACACCUUUAAAAACAUCAGUACGACCUGCUUUGUAUGAAAAUAAAAAGCUACAAGAAAGAGAGAGAAGGAGUUACAGCAACUAAACAGCUUCAGAGGUGGUGAAAACUUCUGCCUCAGGGUUUUCAAAUGUGACCUUUUCUACAUUUUCUGCUCUUGAGCCAGUCUGUAGAUGGGUAACUGUGUAAAUGCAAUGGCACCAAAGACAAAACAGAGGCUGGCAUUGUGCAUAAUGGAGGUUAAACACACUUUAAUGCAUUAGGAACAAAGAAGAGGAAGCAGAUCAACGUUGUGACGAGUUGAAGCCGCAUGGAAUCAAUCUGAUUUCAUGUGAGAACAUGAGGAGCCGCAGCUGGUGAUCUUGAGCAGAAGGAAGUGAUUCCACCCUGAUGGGCUCCUUCUGGGCUCUGGAGAUGGAGCCAAAACCAUCUUCUCGUGCAGCAAGCUGGGCUGCAUCUGAGCUGCCAGAGCAGAAGACGGACAAAUAUUUCUGCAUCUAAAGCUCUGAUUACCAGAGGACGAUGCCAGGAGAGGAAACAUUUCAAAGACUCGCUGAUAACAAAAACUUGUAAAUGACUAAAGAACAUGAGACUCUGUAGCAGAGACACUGGGUGUUGUGGUUUCACUGUCACUGAAGAAAUAAGAGCACGCGAACGCAAUUCUUUUCUGUAAGUUUUGAUGGAUUGCAUUUUUACAUGGCAACACUUACUGCACCCUAAUAGAAGGACGGAAACGAUUCAUCUGGAGGGAAACAAAUAAUUGGACAUCCAUAAAAAGCCAAAUAAAUCUUUUUGUUCUCUUGUUUCUGCUUUUCUGGACAAAGAUGGAAGACAAAAAACAUGCAGAUGUUGUAAUUUAAAGAAGUUCAGAUUCAGAAAUAAAUGUUGCUUUGAUUAUUUUCCCAAUUUGAACAA